CAUUUUUUUGUUCCAAGAUAGCCUUUCCUUGUUACUAACUCAUCCAAAACGUCACUAUCUACGGUUAUUCGCACACGCCAACUUCCUCUAUCGAGAAUUAAAAGCACGAACAAACCCAUCCACCUAAAAGCUACGAGUACGACUGACUUCAAUUAUUUGUGCCGAGUGCCACAGACUACAGAGAGAGAGAGAGAGAGAGACACGUAAUGGGUAGCGGUGCAAAGGGAAGAACGGUCAUCGAGGUGGGAGCCGAUGGGGUGGCUCUCAUAACCCUUAUCAACCCUCCUGUUAAUUCCCUCUCCCUUGAUGUGUUGCGCAGCUUAAAGGACUGUUAUGAGGAGGCCUUAAGAAGAGACGAUGUAAAGGCCAUCGUUGUUACCGGUGCAAAGGGCAAGUUUUCUGGUGGCUUUGAUAUUGCAGCUUUUGAAGGAUUUCGAAAUGGAUCGAUAGGGAGAGAAACGAAACCUGGCUAUAUAUCUAUAGAGAUUAUUACCGACACGGUAGAAGCUGCAAGAAAGCCUUCAGUUGCUGCCAUCGAUGGCCUUGCUUUAGGUGGAGGAUUAGAGGUUGCAAUGGCAUGCCAUGCUAGAAUAUCAACUCCCACUGCUCAAUUAGGGUUGCCUGAACUUCAGCUUGGAUUAAUUCCUGGAUUUGGAGGAACACAACGGCUUCCACGUCUUGUUGGUCUCUCAAAAGCACUUGAAAUGAUGCUGAUGUCAAAGCCAGUCAAAGGAGAGGAGGCCCAUAUGUUGGGCCUUGUGGAUGCAGUUGUUUCACGUGAUGAGUUGAUAAAUAUUGCACGUCAGUGGGCGCUGGAUAUCUUUCACCGUAGAAGACCAUGGGUUGCUAGUCUUUACAAGACCGACAAGAUAGAGCCCCUUGGAGAAGCGAGGGAAAUACUGAAGUUUGCAAGAGCUCAGGCCCUGAAGCAGGCUCCCAAUCUCAAACACCCAUUGGUUUGCAUUGAUGCCAUUGAAGAGGGUAUAGUUUCUGGUCCCCGGGCUGGACUCUGGAAGGAGGCUGAAGCUUUUCAAGCACUUCCACAUUCUGACACUUCCAAGAGUUUGGUGCAUAUCUUCUUUGCUCAACGUGGAACGUCAAAGGUACCGGGGAUUACUGAUAUUGGUUUAGUGCCAAGACGAGUUAAUAAGGUCGCUAUUCUUGGUGGAGGACUAAUGGGCUCUGGAAUAGCAACAGCUUUGAUUCUUAGUAAUUAUCCAGUCAUCCUUAAAGAAGUAAACGACAAGUUCUUGCAGGCUGGGAUUGGUAGAGUGAGAGCCAAUUUGCAAAGCCGAGUGAAGAAAGGGAAAAUGUCUCAAGAGAAGUUUGAGAAAACCAUCUCUCUUCUCAAAGGUGCCCUUGACUAUGAAAGCUUUAAAGAUGUGGACAUGGUGAUUGAGGCUGUGAUUGAGAAUGUUUCUUUAAAGCAGCAAAUUUUUGCUGAUCUUGAGAAGUAUUGCCCACCACAUUGCAUACUUGCCAGUAACACCUCCACAAUUGACUUGAACCUGAUUGGAGAAAAGACAAGAUCCCAAAAUCGGAUUGUGGGAGCUCAUUUCUUUAGUCCGGCUCAUGUCAUGCCACUUCUAGAAAUUGUUCGUACUAAGCAGACAUCUCCCCAAGUAAUUGUUGACUUGCUAGAUGUUGGUAAAAAAAUUAAGAAGACUCCAGUGGUGGUUGGAAACUGCACAGGCUUUGCUGUCAACAGGAUGUUCUUCCCUUAUUCACAAGCUGCUAUUUUGCUUGUUGAGCGUGGUACAGAUCCCUAUCAGAUCGAUAGGGCAAGUACCAAGUUUGGAAUGCCAAUGGGACCUUUCAGAUUAGCUGACCUGGUUGGUUUUGGUGUUGCAAUUGCAACUGGCAUGCAAUAUAUCGAGCAUUUUCCUGAGAGAACUUAUAAAUCAAUGCUUAUACCACUAAUGCUGGAGGAUAAAAGAGCAGGUCAGUCUACUCGCAAAGGGUUCUAUAUAUAUGAUGAGAAGCGCAAAGCUAGCCCAGAUCCUGAAUUGUAUAAAUAUAUUGAGAAGUCAAGGAGCAUUUCUGGUGUAACCAUUGACCCUAAGCUAGUGAAGUUACCCGAAAAGGACAUUGUGGAGAUGAUAUUCUUACCAGUGGUAAAUGAGGCCUGCCGAGUCCUUGCCGAGGGUAUUGCAGUCAAAGCAGCAGACCUUGACAUCGCUGCUGUCAUGGGCAUGGGUUUCCCACCUUACAGGGGGGGUAUUAUGUUUUGGGCUGAUUCUCUUGGAUCCAAAUACGUCUAUUCGAGAUUGGAGGAAUGGUCAAAGAUGUAUGGAGAUUUCUUCAAGCCUUGUGCCUACUUGGCUGAAAGAGCUGCCAAGGGGGCUCCUCUGAGUGCUCCGGCGGAGCAAGCAAAAUCUCGGUUGUAGGAUCUUCUGCUCAUUUCUUUGCCGGCCGAGAAUUUCCUUAUUCGUUUUCUUAAGCUAUAUUUUUAAUUUUUCUGCAAUCCUUUUUCCCUUCACCUCCAUUAGAUAAGAUGGCUCAGGAGGAGCUAAAUAAUGUAUGAGAUGGGAGAGACUAUAAGCAUUUCAAGUUUAUAUGGGCAUUCAUAAUAAAAUGCUCAAGUUUUACAGUUAAA